AUGCAUCUGCCGGAAGGCCCGCUAGGCAUGGAUAGCUUCAGCACCAUCCACGACGCACUUCGUGCCUGCCACGGCGACCUCGUGCAGACCGGAAGCCCUGCGAUUCUCUGCACCGCCUUGCCCACCCACUGGCGAUCUAACAAGUCCUUGCCGGUCGCUUUCAAAGUUGUUGCCCUUGAUGAAGUCAGCGAUGGCACUCCGGUGACGAUACGCGCCGGUAAUGAUGAGAAUUGCUGCGGGGAACUCAGAAACUGCACCGCUGUUAUGAAGAACCAGGUCGCUAAGUUUAAUGAUCUUAGAUUUGUUGGGAGAAGUGGGAGAGGAAAAUCAUUUUCGCUGACGAUACAAAUCAGCAGCCAACCAUCACAAAUCGCUACUUACACCAAAGCGAUAAAAGUAACCGUAGACGGACCUCGAGAGCCAAGAUCUAAAUCAAAUUAUCAAUACGGACCUGGCUUUCCUGGACUGGGGCUGCUGAAUCCCUGGAUAGACGCUGCUUACUUAGGGCACGCAUGGCACCUGCCACAUCCUGCACUCAUCAAAGGAGCAAUGCCAAUGCCGCCAGCGGAUUUAUUCCCUCCAGCCUUCACACCCAGUAUGUUACCCUCAACAUACCCGUUCCACGAGCACGUAAAGUUCCCGACGGAGUACCCGGGAAUGCCAACGACGAAGACACCAGCCUUGCCAACGAGCCCGUCUCGGAGCCCUCCAAGAAGUCCAAGCGAAACUAGCAGCGAAUCUGAAGAAGUACGCAGUGCCUUUGUGCCAAUUCGCCUCAACACACUGUCCAACGUCAGCGUCAACGGUACCACCAACCAAAUCGCCGUGACGAGUGACGUAUGCAAGAGAACGCCACCAGCGACUCCCUCCAGCCCUCCAGUGAAGAAAGAAAGCGGCCGUUGUGAGCUCAAAGCUCCGACGAAGCUUUCAGUGACUUCUAAGCCCGUUUGGAGGCCUUAUUAA